UGCAGAAAAGAACGAAAGCCGGACAUGCCUGGGUCAAAAUCCCCGGAGCCACACGGUCGGGAGGAUUUGUUUAUCUGGGUGGCGCGAGAUGGGGUGGGUUGGGUAUCGGCAUGCGUCAUUUCUGGGAGCGAUAUCCCACGCAAAUCGACAUUCGAAAUGCAGAUACGCAGCAAGGGGAGAUUACAAUGUGGCUGUAUAGUCCGUCGGCGGAGCCAAUGGAUCUUAGACCGUAUCAUGACGGCCUUGGACAGAAGACGUAUGACGACCAACUAGACGCUUUGCAGAUCACGUAUGAGGACUGGGAAGCAGGCCUCGGAACGCCGUAUGGUAUUGCAAGGACGAACGAGAUAUAUCUAUAUGCCUCCGAGAGCACGCCUACAGCUGCAACAUUGUCCGGUAUAGUUGAGGAAAUCCGUAAUCCUCCAGUGCUCGUCGUACAGUCAGAGGACAUUCAUCGAACAGAGGCAUUCGGAUCAUACUGGUCACCACAAUCAACGUGGCUGCAAUCCACCCCACAAACCGCUCAGAUUUCGCACAACUUGGAUUUUCUAUUCACAUAUUACCAAAACCAGAUUGCUCAACGCCGAUGGUACGGCUUCUGGGACCACGGGGAUAUCAUGCACACUUACGACGCCGAUCGACACACCUGGAGAUACGACAUUGGCGGGUAUGCGUGGGACAAUUCCGAACUCUCACCUGAUCUCUGGCUAUGGCUAUAUUUCCUCUGCACGCGGCGCGAAGAUUUAUUCCGGGUGGCUGAGAAUCUCACUCGACACACGUCAGAAGUUGAUAUGUAUCAUCUUGGACCACUCAGGGGCCUCGGAACACGGCAUGGAGUGCAGCAUUGGAGUGACAGCUGCAAACAAGCGCGAGUAUCGAACGCGUUGUAUCGUCGGUAUUUCUAUUAUCUUACAGGCGGCGACGAGCGGAUCGGGGAUAUUCUGCACGAGGCUCUUGAUGCAGAAGAUAAGUUUCGGAGAUUGGACCCGUAUAGAAAAGUGCGCAAGGAUAAAGGGUUGUCCGUCCAGUACGAUUCUAAUAGUGAGGCAUUAAUCUCCCUCGGCACCGACUGGUCUGCUCUCGCCGCUGCGUGGCUUGUAGAGUGGGAGAGACGCGGACCACGAUGGGAGUCUGCGCGGUCGAAGCUGUUCACAUCUAUCCAGGGUAUCAUUGACUUGAAAAAUGGCUUUGUGACCGGCCAGGCUCUGUUACAUCUGGACAGUGGCCGAAUCAGACCCCCACCUGUCGACCAUGAGAAUAAUGGACAUGUGCAAGUGUCACACCUCUCAGCAAUGUUCGGCCUUGUAGAGACGUGUGCAGACAUAAUCGACGCAUUAGCAGGCAUAGACACACCCCUUUUCAAACCCUUCAGAUCUGCAUGGCUGGAUUACUGCGUCCAUUUCAAUGGGCCGGCGACGGCGCAGAUAGGGAGGUAUGGAACCGCCUUCCCGAAACUCAUCCUGCGUCAGGGCCAUUCUCGGCUCACAGCGUAUGCAGCGAGGGAAUUGGGGGAUGGACAUCUUGCGCACCGGGCAUGGCGGGAAUUCUACAAUGGGGAUGGGUAUGCGCCGUCGGUGCCAUGGAAGACUCAGUAUAUAGAUGGUAGCAGGGUUCCAGUUGCGGUUGAGGAGGCAAGCUGGGUGUCUACUAAUAUUACGGCUUUGUAUGGGCUGGCGGCUAUUCAAGGGUUGGCUUGGAAUGCUGAUUUUAUUUCACAAAAUCUUAACAUCUAGGGUAAUCUCUUGAAGAGAA